UCAUUGAGCUAAACAUGGAAGUAGACCCAAAAGGGAAGUCCAAGGAAGAGAAAGGCGGGGUUCGAUAUAGGGGUGUUAGAAGGAGACCUUGGGGGAAAUUUGCAGCUGAGAUUCGUGACUCAACUAGGCAAGGAGCUCGCCUGUGGCUGGGGACUUUUCUUACUGCAGAAGAAGCAGCAAGAGCAUAUGAUCAAGCUGCUUAUGGAAUGAGGGGUCCUUUAGCCAUCCUCAACUUCCCCAAGGACUAUCAAAAUGUUGCCUCCUCUGCUUGUUCUUCAUCAGUUGAUGUCCCUGAGGGACAUCAGAAUGUUGCAUCUCCUCCUCCUUGCUCAUCAUCAAUGUUUGAGAACACUGAAAGAACUAGGGAUGCACAUGAAAAACAAGUUUUUGAAUUCGAGUGCUUGGAUGAUAAGUUGUUAGAAGAUCUUCUUGAGUGUGAGGAAAAGAAAACCAAGAAUGAGUGAUAGUUUUAAUAAUUGUAUAUCAGUACUUAAUUUUCUUGAUGUUUUCUAUAUCUGGUUGAAUAAACUU